AUGGUCAUUUGCCUGUGCGACUGUUACUUGUGCUUGGACCGUUCUUUGUCGACACUUUACCCAAGUAGACCAGUACCAGAUAUUGGAAGAAAUGUUGCACCCGCCGGGGGAAAUUCGGCUUUGGGCAAGACUCCAAACUACGCAGAUUCCCAAUUGACAAUCCAGUAUCAGAUAGGGCUCGAGAUUGUAGUCGUUGGACCGGCAGGCCAAAUCUACAACGUCGAUGAUGGUCUUGUUUUGAAGGCUUGCAGAGUAUACCAACCUGCUUCGAGCAACGAUACACCCCGGGCCUUCUGGGACUAUGCUUCAGAAACCCUUUUCCACUUUGGCCUCUUGAAGGAUGAGAAAACAGUUUUUCGCUUACUGAUAGAGCAUCCUCAUCCGAAAAUCAUCGAAGCCAUUGACAUUGGUCACCCUGAAGGUAUCCACCUACGCAAGUACCAGCCACUUUCCGGCGCUUUACCCAGCACUCAGCCCGAUCGUAUUGCUUGGUAUCAGGACAUUAUGCGCGCCCUCGUUCAUCUCCAUCGUUUUGAUAUCGCUCAUUCCGAUCUACGUAAGGAUAAUAUACUGUCUGAUCAAAAGGGCCACGCCUUACUGGGUGGUUUUAGUGCAAGUUGUCCCUUUGGACAUCCCAAUCCAUCACGUCCAGUCCUCCUGAAUGGUCCGUCAGAAACCAUCCCCGAUGCAACAGAUCGAUUUGCCAUGGGCUCGCUGAUCUACGAAUUGGAGACUGGGGUCCGUCCCGAGAUAUCGGUCGACAAUCACGGCUCUCUAUCCUUACCCCUCGUUCAUACAGGUCAUGAUGGAUUAGACCCUAUGAUCGAAAAUGCUUGGCGUGGAAAAUACGAGUCUACCGCCGAUAUGCUGAAGCAUACCGAGCUACUACUGAAUGCUGGCCAUGAUAGCCGCGGCCCAGUUGAAUAUAAAGAAGAGUUAAUCGGGCGUAUUAACCAGUGGAGGAGACGCCGAGUAGAGAAACAUGGCUGCAUCCUCUAUUCGUUACCAAACGAGACUCAGGUGAAGGAUCUCGCAGAGCGGUAUGGCUGGGAUAUAAAUGAGGAGCUCCGUUUACAUGAUUUUCAUGCUGUCGGAUCUUCCGAUUGA